AUGGCGACGCCGGCGGCACCGGAAACAGACGGCGCGAAACAAGCGAAGAUCGUGUUCGUCGUGCCCGAGCAGACCCCUCCCGCCGUGAGGUUUGUACUAGGGAGGAGGCGUGGGUGGACGGAGUGGAACGCUGAGGUGCAUGGCGUCGACGAGUGGAACUUCCAGUGGAGGUCGGGACGCUUCAAGCCUUCCGAGUACCGGGACGUCAGGGAAGAGCAGCGACUUAACCACUUCCCCCGUUCGGCACUCAUCACAAGAAAGGAUUUGUUGCUGCGGGUUCUCCGCAAGAUGAAAGCAGUCCACGGGGAGGUGUACGCCUUCCACCCGGACAGCUACCUGCUGCCGACGGAGUACACGAAGUUCAUCAACACCUUCACUCGGCUCAAACCGCAACGACACGGCACUACGGCCAGUCUUCAGGGAUAG